CUGCUGGCGCCCGAGCCUUGGCUCAGCCCCCAGGAGCCCAGCGAACCGCUGCUCCCUCGUGGUGUGAGGGCGGUGAUGUUUUUCCUCCCACCCACUUUUGGGUCCCCCCGCCCCCCUCGCGCGCACUCUAGCUCUCUCCACAACCUGCGAGCCACAGAUCUCAGAGGAGCGCCAGGGAGAGCUUGGAGCGCGUGCACCAGUGGAAGACAGAGGAAGCCAGUGAACAGCUUGACUACACCAGACCCUGGAAGUUUUGAGUUGCCUUUUGCAGUGGCCAAAAUGAGAAAUAAGUGGAAAAUGGGAGGAAUAAAAUACAUCUUUACCUUGUUGCUGUUCUUUCUUUUCCUAGAAGGAAGCAAAACAGAGCAAGUAAAACAUUCAGAGACAUAUUGUAUGUUUCAAGACAAGAAGUACAGAGUGGGAGAGAGAUGGCAUCCCUACCUGGAACCAUAUGGCAUGGUUUACUGUGUGAACUGCAUCUGCUCAGAGAAUGGGAAUGUGAUUUGCAGCCGAGUCAGAUGUCCAAGUCUUCAUUGCCUCUCUCCCGUGCAUAUUCCUCAUCUGUGCUGCCCUCGCUGCCCAGAAGACUCCUUACUCCCAGUGAACAAUAAGGUAACCAGCAAGUCGUGUGAGUACAACGGGACCACUUACCAACAUGGUGAGCUGUUCAUGGCUGAAGGACUCUUUCAGAACCGGCAACCCAAUCAGUGCACCCAGUGCAGCUGUUCGGAGGGAAAUGUGUACUGUGGUCUCAAGACUUGCCCAAAAUUAAGCUGUGCAUUCCCUGUCUCUGUUCCAGAUUCCUGCUGCCGGGUAUGCAGAGGGGAAGGAGAAUUGUCGUGGGAACAUUCUGAUGGUGAUAUCUUCAGGCAACCUGCCAACAGAGAAGCAAGACAUUCUUACCACCGAUCUCAUUAUGACCCUCCACCAAGCCGACAGGCUGGAGGCCUACCCCGCUUUACUGGGGCCAGAAGUCACCGGGGAGCUCUUAUGGAUUCCCAGCAAGCCUCUGGUACCAUUGUGCAGAUUGUCAUCAAUAACAAGCACAAGCAUGGACAAGUGUGUGUUUCCAACGGAAAGACCUAUUCUCAUGGUGAAUCCUGGCAUCCUAACCUCCGGGCAUUUGGCAUUGUGGAGUGUGUGUUGUGUACUUGUAAUGUCACCAAACAAGAGUGUAAGAAAAUUCACUGCCCCAACCGAUACCCCUGCAAGUACCCUCAAAAAAUAGAUGGAAAGUGCUGCAAGGUGUGUCCAGGUAAAAAGGCAAAAGAAGAACUUCCAGGCCAAAGCUUUGAUAGCAAAGGCUACUUUUGUGGAGAAGAAACAAUGCCCGUGUAUGAGUCUGUGUUCAUGGAGGAUGGGGAGACAACCAGAAAAAUAGCAUUGGAGACAGAGAGACCACCGCAGGUAGAGGUCCAUGUUUGGACAAUUCAAAAGGGCAUCCUUCAGCAUUUCCAUAUUGAGAAAAUCUCCAAGAGGAUGUUUGAGGAGCUCCAUCACUUCAAGCUUGUGACCAGGACAACCCUGAGCCAGUGGAAGAUAUUCACCGAAGGAGAAGCUCAGAUCAGCCAGAUGUGUUCAAGUCGUGUGUGCAGAACAGAGCUUGAAGAUUUGGUCAAGGUUUUGUACCUGGAAAGGUCUGAAAAGGGCCACUGUUAGACGAGACAGUAUUGGAUAGGGUAAAGCAAGAAAACUCAAGCUGCAGCUGGACUGCAGGCUUAUUUUGCGUAAGUCAAUAGUGCUCUAAAAUACAAACUCAAAUGCAGUUAAUUAUUCACGCUAUGCACAGCAUAACUUGCUCCUUUAUGUGGAGUGGUGUGUCACCCCUUAACCAUCUUCUCCAAAGAGAUUGGAAGAAUCUUGAAUUAUUUGUAGGAAGAAGAGAGAUGAAACACCAUAACUCUGUUCUAGUUUCUUGGAGAAUCACGUUUCUUUACAGGUUAAAGAGUAAACAAAACCCCAGGGUUUCUAGCUAGAAAGUUAUUCAAUGAAAGAAAGAGAAAGGAAUCACUUCUUAGUAGGGGUUCUGUAAUACAGAUAAAAAUAUUUGUAUGAAAUUAUGCUCUUUGAA